GGACACAGAGAAGGAAAGAGAAUGACGGAGCGAAGUGGUUUAGGUGGACAAUCUUCUACGCACGCGCACGUUACAACGGUACGUUGUAGUCGUCAAGAAGAGACGGUAGCCAUGGAGUCUUCGUCGAGUGCGGAAGAAGGCCGAGGCAGUUGUUUUAGUAACGAAGGAACUGCAGAGCCUAGGAUUGAAGACAUGAUCAGCAGAAUUAAUGAACUACAGCAAGCUAAGAAAAUUGCAAAUAAGGAGCUCUGUGAGACCCAGGCCCACAGGCAAUCCUUGCAGAAACAACUUGAUGAAUUGAGCUUGGAGGAGACACAGCUGAAGGAAAUCUUGAGCAAGAAGCAAGAAACUCUGAGGAUGCUUCAUCUGCAGUGCCAGGAGAAAGAAACUGAGGCCCUAAGAAAGCAGGCAGUGUCUGAGGGAUGCAAGAAGAGGAUAAAUGAGCUGAGUUCCAAAAUCCAGGAAGAAAAACUGAAGAAAAGAAAUCAAAGAAUGGAGUUUGACCAGCAGCUAGAGGAAAUGGUGGAGAAGCAUAAGACCCUCUGGGAAUUCCAUAAGGUAGACAAACUGUCCCAGGAAAUGAGCAACAUCAACAACAACAAAGAACAGCUUCUGAUGGAGGAAAGACUAACUCUGAAGAAGCUUGAGAGCAUCCAGAAGCAGCUGGACAGACUGACCCCACCUGAGGCCAAGACUGAAGCUGCGGCUGUCACCAGCAUAGAUGCCUUCCUGUGCAGUGAGGAGGCUGCUGCAGCUGUGCAACUGUUUGAGGAAGAAAACAAGAAAGCCACAGAAUUCCUGGAAGCAGCUUCCCUACGCUAUCACCAGCUACAGCAGAAAUACCAAAGGCUGAAGAGGGAGCUAGAAGCUGUUGGCCACUGUGCUAUCGGAGGAUCCAAGGAGAGAAGCCCAGAGGAAGCUGCUGAAGGGGAAGGUGGUAUUGCUACCAAUGUGGGUGAGAGAGAGACUGUCAUGGAGAUUCCUAGGAUGCAGAAGAAAGAUCAAGAAUUCAGGCCUGGUCCUGGUGAACACCCAAGCUCACUAGGUCCGUCCUCAUCUUAGAGGGGCCCAGGGAGUUUGGCCACCUGUCGCAUAAGUGAGGUGAAGCUUUGUUUGCACCAAUUUGGAGAAACAUAAGUGUGGAACUUGGGCCAUAAAGCCUGACCCUUGAGAUGUCUACUUGAAUAAAAAAUUUCUCAUUCUCUACUUUUGGAUCUGGCUGUGCUUCUGUCCUUAUUCUAAGGUUUUA